AUGGCCCACAUGGAGGAGGCUGGGCAGCCGUCUCCACCCCCCAUGAUUACCAGUUCCGGCCAUGCGCCGGGAGCUGCCGAAGCCGGCGCAGAGGCUGCGCUGGCCAUCGAUUGCCAGCCUUUCAUGGCCGACAUCGAGGAGAAGAAGCGGCAGAUCCAGCAGCGACAAGAUCAGAAGGCAGCUCUUGAUGCGCAGCAGAGACUCGUCGACGAGAACUACAUGAGGUUUUCGGGCGAGCUCGCGCAGGCUGAGGAGGAAGCCACGAGGGAACGGGAAGAACAGGAGCGACAGCGGAAGGCAGCAGAGGAGGAGCGGAUACGGCAGGAGGAGGAGGCAAAAAUGUGGGAGGAGCUGGAAAGGAAGGAGGAAGAGGAACGACGACAGGAGGAGGCUCGGAAAAGGGCGGAGGAGGAGGCAGAGGCGGAGGCCCUACUGGCAGAGAGAAGAAGGCAAGAAGAGGAGGCUGCAGAGCAGAAGGCCAUUCAGCAGGCGUGUCCGCUUUGCCGAGCCAUGCGAUUUCAAAGGCACAGUGGUUUUAUUUUGAUCGCCAUGGUGAAGUCAUUGGCUGUCGCUUUGUCUGUGACAGCAUUCGCCUGUGCCAUGUCGACAGACGUGAUGGACAUGGACAACAUCUUGGCUGCGGAUGCUGAGUGUGCCGUGGGCCAGGAAUGUGCCCUGAACGCUGUGCAGAAGAAGGCAGUGGUUGCCCAGCAGCAGGCAGAAGACUCCGUGGAGAAGUUCGCUGCAGCUGUGGAGGAGGGCGCAGGGGAUGUGGCGGCUGAAGCGCAGGUUAGCUCGGGCCAGAAAGCUCAGACGGUUUCGGACACCGAGAAGUGGGGCCCAUCGCCACCUCCUCCGACUGCAGCCUACAACCCUUACUGGAAUCAUCAGUACGGCAGCCCCUACGGGCAGAUGCCUCCCGGGUUCAACCCUUACGGUGGCAGCCCCUAUGGAGCCCCCGGAUUCGGAAGCUGCUUGAACAAGAUCGAAGGCUCUUCCUGCAUGGUCUUCAGCUGCGCCAAGUCGCGUGGGCCCACGACCUGCAACACUAAGGACUACUUCUGCUACUGCCACCCCGGCUUCUGCUCUGAUGGCAAGGCUUGCGUUCCGGCGUCGCAUAUGUACCGCUAA